AAACCUUACAGUACAUACAUAUGCAAUCCAGGCCACGGUCGCGCCCAUACGCAUUUCAGGGUACAACUAGUUGCCGCGAGUCGUUGCAUUGAGCUCAAACCGGGCCUAAGGGCCUCGCUUAAAGCAUGCGGAUACAGUGAAUCACAAAAUGCUCAGGCGUCCAAGUCAUGUAACAGAAGCCGGUCUGCCGCGGUGCAACAUCUGUCCCGACCAUGGAGCCUUGGCCGGGAAAGGCUUGCUUAGUUCCUAGAUUAAUAAAUCGGGGCUGUCGCCUAGGGUCUUCGCAGCCAAUGCGUCAGCCGCAAAGCCCUUAUGUUUAUAUGGCCGCGCUGGCGGUGGUGGCCAUGGCAGUGGCCCACGCACUCGACGAGGAGGUGGACGUGAAGGACGUGUGCUCCUUCUAUGCGGUUGGACGGGCGAACAUACAUGACCCCUGGCGCUGGGGCCCGUACCAUAUUUGCGACACAAGCGCGCUGCCGCGCUGGCUGGAGGCGGCGGCAGCCAACUGCUUUGACUGCGCCAAGCGGCGUCCUGUGUGUGGCCACAACGCGCCGCAGCUGCACUUCCACGCCUACUUUCAGAGGUGGUCGCAGCACUGGAAGUACGACUUGCAGAUGUACCAGGCAUUCCUUCUGACGCAGAACCUGCACAGGGCGCACAUGAGUGUGUGGGUGGACAACGUCACUGCAGUGCUGGAGCACCCGGCAGGCCAGUUCCUGCACAAGUACUCCGAGUUCAUCAGUGUGCGACAGGUGCAGUGGGAGCGGGCGCUGGUGGGCACACCGCUGCAGGGGCACCCCUUCUGGCGGGACGCGGCGCUGGUUCGCAAGAACAUCUACACAGCGGCGGGCUUUGCGGACGUGCUGCGGCUGCUGCUGCUGUACCAGCACGGCGGCGUGUGGCUGGACACAGACGUCGUACUGCUGCAGGAUAUGUAUCCAGCCACUGUGCAGAUCGGCUACCAAUUCGCUAUGAGGUGGACAAACAAUCACGUGAUGUACCUGCGUCGUGGCUCGCCCCUGGGCCGCCGCAUGCUGGGGGCGGUGGCCGCCCUGCCGUACACGGACGAGGCUACCGCGCGGGGCUACGUGGAACGGGUGUGCAAACCGCUGGGCUACAUGACCGCACACGCCAAGUACGGGUACACAGACAUCUACAACAUCUGCAUCCUCAAGAUGUUCCAGGAGCACGACAACACCACGUGGACGGCACAGGGCGGCGGCGGCGACCCCGAUGACGUGCUGUUCUCGCGGCCGCUGGGCUGGUACGACAGCGACUGGCCCGAAUGCCUAGCGGGGCGCGACGCGGCCAAUGACACAGACAUUGCCCGCGUGCUGAGCACGCACAUGGCGCUCCAUUCGCGGUUGAUCCAAAACAACGGCUUCCAGCGCCACUCCCUGUACGAGCUGGUGACACAGCUGCUCGACGACUUCUUCACCCUGUGCUCCGACGUGGCAUGCAUACCCCGCCAGGCUGUGCGCCUGGCGGUGUAUCGGGACGUGGUGGAGCAGAUGAAGGCGAACGCGCGGCUGCCGGCGGCGGCGGCGAGCAGCUCGUCAUCGCAGGAGUCAGCAGGAGGUGCCGGUAGCUCUAGGGGCAGCGGUAGCAACAUCAGCAAUGGCGGUGAUAGCGAUAACCGGCAACUUGUUGCCAGGUUCAGCGAUGAUAACGCCGCGCCGCGCUACCGAGAGGCGGGUGGCGCGAGGGCGAGGGCGGCCGUGGUGGGGCGGAGAGGCGGGGCAGAGCAAGUAAGGCUCUAGGGACAGCCGCAUGUGGCGAGUAACAUAUUCGCGAUUUGUUUGACAGUUUGACCCGUGGCGCGCAAUGCGAUUGGCAUCAUGUACAGGAGUCGUCGCGUAGCCGGCGCGAACAUAGCUUCCGGCACCCUCGCGCGAGAGCUCAGGUCCAAGCGUAAGCCCGUGCCCAAGGGCACGCGCGCGGGCCCAGAACCUUGCUUAAAUCCGCAACCGCCUUCGUGACUGCUAUUUCAACCAUUGUUUAAGGCGAAGUUUGAUUGUUAUAUAGCGUUUGAUUUGAGGAAAGUGCAGGAAGGUAAGGACGUUGCGCACCAAUCCGCCUCGAGUUUGGUCUGGUCCCGCCAAGCGCUGUCAAUGUCAGCCAUUUUGGCCAGACGAGCGAUGCCGCGUGCGUACAAAUAGGGACCGAAUAAAAUUCGAUGGACCUCUCGGUAUACCUAUCUGUGCCUUAGUACCGGUCUCAGAAAGACAACUCGAGGUCGUGCAACAUCGCAUCCGACCUAUCGACUGGUGUACAUCGCUGCUUGCCAACUUUGCAAGCUUUGCGGGUGAGUGACCCAAGAAUCGCAGUGGGGUAGGCUAGUGGAACGUGUAUGGAGUGUGUGGCUCAGGCCUGGUAGCUGCAGUCUAGGCCCCUGGUGUGAUGCGGUGUGAGUCUAGGCAGAGCUGGUGGGCACAUGUCUCAGCACGUCCGCGUCAGGUAGGGCCACGGCUUGGCACAGGGCAGGUCUUGCAGUCAAUCAGUCAUGCCUGUGCAACGCUGAUGCUUAGCGCGAUGGUCAUGUUUGCGGUCCUCGGUCACCGUGUGAUAACCAGGUGCCGGACCAGGCGGGGCGUCCCCUUGUGCUA